UUAUCGAAUAAUUACACAAUGCUAUGUUACCGAGAGCCUUUAUACAUAUUAAUGGUGUUAAUUUUAUUUUGAUGGUGAUACUAGGUAUAAUAUUAUUGUUAACAUGGACGCAAUAACUUACCAGACAGUGAUGGUAUUUACAAGGAACAGAGAUAAGAAUAUUGUGUAUUUACUGUGAUGUUUCAAUAUACCUAAUGUAAAAUUUAUGUAUAUAAAAUUUUGUAUUAUACAACUUCUGUAAGUGAUGAGUGCCAUGGAAAAGGCUAAAGCCUAUAUAAAACAACAGUCACAACAGCAAGCCCAACCUCUGGGCCAUUCGAAUUCUAUAACUACCCAAUCUGCUAUGACAUUGACACAUCCAACAGUUCUAAAUCACCCUACUCCGCCGAUAGAUAAUGAACAAAUUUGUUAUGUUUGUGGUUCUAAAAAUCACAAUGAAGAAUUAUAUUUAAGAAUAAAACCAAAUCCAAAUAAUCCAUCAGAGCCAUACUUUCCUUUUCUGGAGAGUCAUGAAACACCGCCGGGGUAUAAUAAUUUGAACAAUGGUAAUGGCCUUGUUAGAUCUUGUUUUUUAUGUCAUACUUUAUUGAAACAACAAUGGGAUUGUUAUGAGAGAGAAGGAAAACCACAUUCUCAAAGGCUUUAUUGGUUGAAGCGAGUUGAUGGAAAAGGCUUUACUGGCGCUGAAAUGAAUCUGCAAGGAGAAUAUGCAGCACAAGUUUUAGGUUUGAGUAGUGAAAAUCUAGUUCAUCAAAGUUCUGUGUCUCACUCCUUAAGUAAUAAUUCACAUAGAGUUCCAAGUCGUGAAGAAUCUUUUCCUCAAGUAUCUACUGCACAUAAUGACAAAUCAAGGCCGACAUCUCGGAAUGAUGCUUAUAGAUAUGAACAACCUCGACCAUUAUCACAGAAUGAACCAGCUAGUUACAUGGGCCCAGAGCAAUAUAGACAAGAACUCAGAGUUGCAUCUGCAGAUAAUAUUUAUCAAAGAAAUGAUGGACGACCCAAUUCUUCUGGCAAUGAUCUUGCUUAUCGCAAUGCUAUUUCCCCACAUGCAACUGUAAAUGAACAGUACCAACACAGAUUACCUCCAACUGUUUCAAGGCCUAGUGACAAUAGUAGACCCCAAUCUCGAGAAAAUAAAUUGCCAAAACCACAUUCGAGGCCUUUAUCUCGGGAGAAUGUAACAAAUCUCUCUGUAAUAUCAACUCAAAGGAAUAAUUCUUAUGAUUUUAUACCUAAGUUAUCUUUUACACAACUAAAGCAUAAACUGCCGCCUAAUUUGCAACAGCCUCAAGUACCUGCUGAUAAAUUAGCCCAUAGAUCUCCUGAUAAGGUAACUAAUAGCCAAGGGGGAGAUUCGGCUUUAGACUUAAGAAAUGUGAUACGAGCACCACCUGCCAAUCCAUCUGCCACACCUCCAGCUGUAGUAACAACUACUACUUCUGGUGCUGAUAUUCUAGAUUUAUCUAUGCCCGAUAAAAAUUCUGUAACAGAGGUUUGUUAUGUAUGUGGGGACGAAUAUCGAAGAGGAUCGUUGAAUGAAUUAAGCACAAGAGAACCUAGAAAUAAUACUCCACAGCGGGGUCAACCUUAUUUUCCAAUUUUUGGGGAAACUCAUCCACGCCCGCCGAGAUCGAGGCCUAAAGAUCCACGAGGUCUUAUACAAGCUUGUACCCCUUGUGUUCAACAUCUAAUGCAGCAAUGGAAUGCAUUUGUUGUGCGAGGCGUUUCUGAAUCAGAACGGCGUUAUACAUUAAGAAAACCUGCAGUGCCUGUGACAGAGAGAGCAGCCUUUGUAUGUUAUACUUGUGGUGUAGACAGUCCUAGUUCUUCAUUACGACUUGUUUAUUGUUGUGCCAAUCCUGAACGGGAACCUUAUUUUCCUUUUAUUAACAAUUUGAAGCCAUUCCAAAAUGCCAGCCCAAUCAGUCCACAAGGUAUGGUACAGAUAUGUUCUUCUUGUAAUACUAAAUAUCAAAAUAUGGCAGAAGGUGGUGAUAACGCUUCGGGACCAAGGUCACCAGCUUCUAAUAAAUCACAAGCUGCAUCAGAUUCAAGUCAUGUCAGGUUUAAGCCUUAUGAAUCUGGAAAACCUGUGAGGAAAGAUGAUCGAAUAAAUAGCAGACCACAUUCUCCACAGCAAUUUCAAGCUAUUGAGAAUGGCAAUGGCCAUUAUAGAUGUUAUAUUUGUGCCGGAUCAUAUCCUUCAUCAUCAAUGGAAUGGUUGUCAACAACAGCUGAAUAUAUGAAUUCGCAUGCUAUGCAUUUUCCAUGUUUGCGUGGUCCAGAAAGUGGAUCUCAAUCUCGUGUUUUGGCUUGUUCACGAUGUGUUCAACAUUUGGCUAGACAAUGGGAGAGUAUGGAUGCUGAUAGAGUUCCAUUGGAGCACAGAAGGUACAAUAUUCCAUCACCACUCCCAAGCAGCUCAAGUCACAAUGGAGAUUUAAAAGAGCGAGGCGGAAUUCCAACACCUCCUUCUACUGCAUCCGUCAGCAGUAGCGCUGCCUGCACAUCUAUAUACUGCUUUCUUUGUGGUCUACAUUCUGAUCUUACAUUGGCUCGUGUUCUCUAUGCUAAACCUCAGGGUUCGGCGCCUUACUUUCCUCACUUACUUACACACCAAGGUUUGCCAAACGCUGAACAGCUUCGGCCUGAUGGUAGUGCUUUAGUUUGUACGUUUUGUUAUCAUACAUUGUUGAGUCAAUGGAAAAGAUUUGAAUCACUAAAUCAGCAGUCGCCUAGAGAGUACAAUUGUCAUGAUUAUCGAUGUCAUCUUUGUGGCAUCACUACAUAUCGAAAACGGGUGCGAGCUCUACCAAUGCGAGAAUUUCCGUUUCUGUCACAGCGACGAUGUGAAGGCGCCCUGCUUUUAGAAAACGGGGAAUUUGCGGUGGUGUGUUUGGAUUGUUACGAAAGUCUCAGAACACAAGCUGCUGAUUACGACCGCUGGGGUGUUCCGCCUGAGAAAAGAGAAUAUAAUUGGGUACCUCAACCACCACCACCUGAAGAUAGUGCAGAUGUAGCAGUUGCAAGGUUACCAAGUGGUGAAAGAUCUGAUAAAGUGGCUCCAGCGCCCAUAAGGCCAAUUCGUAAAAACUGUUCACCAAAGCAUGGGAUCAAUGAUAAAUCUGCUAUUAGCGACAAACAAUACUCCAGUGAUAAGAAGAAUACUAAUAGGACUUUUGGUUCACCAGCUGAUGCAGUUCAAACGACAAAGGUAGGCAGUAAAAGAACUGGCUCUAGUCCAGCGCCAGCAGGGCAGCAUGGCAGUGUGUCAGCUACUGGUACCUCAUCCGCAGCCGCUAUAAACAGCGCUGCUGCCGCUGCGGCUUCAUCUGGGACUCCUGGUAGGUCGUUUGCGGGAAUGCUACGAAAACUGGCUAACCAGGCGGGACCGGAUAAAGAGGAUGACCCUAAGGCAAAACGAACGAAUGCUACGCCUCCCCCUGAGAAAAUCCCACGUUUAUCAGCACCGACAUCAACCUUGCAACCGCCGCCUCCUCCGGAUCAGCUUAUGGGACGAAGUGGUUUUCAACCAUAUAGACCUGAUGAAAGGUUAGCACACACAUCUCAGUCACCAUCAAGCGCAGCGGCAGCAUGCGCGGCUGCUGCAGCUUUCGGCCUCGAUCCAGCUUCAUACGCAGCAGCCGCCGCAUCGUACGCUGCUGCGACGGGCGCUCCUGGCUUAUUUCCUUCAUCAGCAGCCGCCUUGCAAUAUCGUCUCGAAGAGCAACUCUAUUUGGAACGAAUGCAGAGCAUGUUUCGUACGCCUCUUUACCCUUCGCUUGCUCCACCACCUCCCUCACCAUACGCCCCGUACUACGGCGCAUUAGGACUAAUGCCAGCCAUGCACGAAAGAAUUAAACUAGAAGAGGAACAUAGAGCAAGAAUAGCUGCUCGUGAAGAAGAGGCUGCUGCAGCUAGAGAGAGGGAACGAGAACGUGAGAAGGAGAAAGAACGGGAACGCGAAAAGGAGCGUCAACAGCAGCAACAGCAACAACAACAGCAGCAGCUGCAGCAGCAAAUGCAACAAUUGCAGUCGCAACGAGAACGCGAAGAACGUGACCGGCUUGCUCACAUACCGCCUUCUUUAGCGCACAUGUACGGCAGUGCAUUAGGCGGUCGUAUGGGAGGAUUAUUAUCUCAUAUACCGCCUCAUUUAUUACCCCCUUUACCUAUGGGUCUUCGACCGCCUCAGAGCCCUCUUGUUAUGCAUGGCGGAAUGCACUCAUUAAGUCCUCAUCCUUAUCACCCACCUUCUUCCCCACAUUUAUCCACUAGAGUCACUAGUUCCAGUCGUGUGUCUCAGUCACCAGUCAUAUCCACAUAUCCUGGCCAGCACCAUAUAAGUCCAGUGCCUGUUAGCAUUCCUCUUUCUCUAUCACAGCCUCAAUAUGGAAGUAGUAAUUUAACGACUCAGCAUACAAGUCAGAUGAGUCUAAAUCCUCUAGCCGGGUUGCCUUCAAUAUCUAAACCAUCAUCACCAACAGUACUGAGUGUUUCUUCAAGUUCCAGUAGUCAAGCACAGACUUCUAGUGUUCCUAACAUUUCACAUCAUCAAUCUUUGUACACACCUUCUCAAGUGUCGACAAGUCCUAUGCAAUCCAGAGUAUUGAAUUUACAUUCUAGUAGCAAUAUAAGUACCAACGUAUCACUUCCUGGAAAUGGCAGCAAUUCACAUAACCAGAUUUAUAAAUCUAAUGAGGCAAUGGGUAACAAUAGUAGCAAUAAUGAUCACAAUCCAAUUUCCCUGGAUUUAAAAGUUCCAGAUCAUACGUCAUUGAUGAACACUAAUAACUUAACAAUUUCAAUGAGUAGUUCUGUAUCAAAGUUGGGUCAAACACCCAGUUCAGUAGCUAGUAACUAUGUUAAAACUUCUGAGCCAUAUAAAAUGAAUUCUGUAGAAAAUAAUUAUCAAACACAACAGACAAGUUCUGUGCAUGGUAUGAAGGAAAAUGUUGAUACCCCAGAAGCAAAGGUGAAUUUGAAUAAUACUAAUGAAAUGCCAACAUCUGAAGAUGUUAAAAGUGAUAGAUUGAUGUCGCAAGAGCAAACUGUGUGUAAUGACUUUGAAAAUAAAAAUGGUUCUAUAAAAACUGAUAAAAUACAAAGUGCCGAAAAUUGUGGAAUGAAUGUGGUGGAAAAUAUAAGUAAUAUAAAUGAAGAGACUGCGCAAGAGAAACCUAAAUUGCAAGAAAAUAAGGUGAGUCCAGCUGAUGAUGAAGCAAUGCGGGCCAAAGGGAUCAAAAUAGAGAAUGGGCAAUGAUUAUAAAUUCGACUAUGGAUUAGUCAUUAAAUAAACCAUUUUAGUGAAAUUAUUGUCAUUGAUCAUUCUAUCUAUUUUUCAAAGUUUUAUUUCAUAUUUACUUAAUAAUAGUUGUUGGAGAGAAAAUCUCUUAUCUAAGUCUUAACUAUAAUAAUAUGGCAAAUAUUAAUUCAAUUCAAA